GCAAACAUCCUAUCAUCCAUUGCUAGCAAUCCAACGUCAUCCAUCCGUCCAUGCAAAGAAAAGGAAAAAAACCCACCGCACCAAACCCUACCUCUCUCUCACCUGUCGCGCCUUCCUUCCGCCCGCCGCCUCCCUCUCUCUGUCCCCGAUCCAGAUCGGCCUCUCCCUCACCCCUCGCACCGCGCCCUCCUUCCCUCGCGCUGUCACCGGCGGCGCCCUCCUUCCUUUCUGUCACCGGCGGCACCCUCCUUCCCUCGCGCUGCACCCGAACCUCGCUCCCGCUCCCAGCUCUUCUUCCUCCUCCGCUGCAGCUAGGGUUUCGUCUCCCCAAUCCCCAAUCCCCGAAGCUCGGAUCCAGUAACAGCAGCGAUGGCGGCCGCGGGAGAUCCUCUCCAAGGUCAAGCACGUCCAGGCCAAGCGUGCUGGCCGCCCUCGCGGGUGACUGCCUCCGCGGUGACGACGACGGCCUCGUCAUCCCCGGAGACCGCGGCGCCCCUCAAGGCCGACCUCCGCCACGUGUUCCGGAUGCACGCACGAGUUCGACCUGGACAAGCCGCCGGUGCUGCAGGAGGUGGCGGAUUUCUUCAGUGGCCACGGAAUCGAGGACUUCACCUUCAGCAGGGGCAGGCUGUCAGAAUGGCAGUGCCGGGCAAAGCUAGCGGUAUGCGGAACACCAGAGAAACCACUGAUUGGCCUGUAUCAGGAAUGGACACAUACUGUUCAAGAUAUUCCCGAUUGCAGAGGUAGGACAGGAGGAACAGCGACAAGCGAUGGGAUGAAGCCCGGCCAUGGAAACCCAUCGCAGCCUUCAAGACCUUGACGGCGGUCGGUGCUAUGGUAUGAAUCCCUCCUCCACUUCAAGACCUCUACGUACGGCGGUCGGCAGCACGCGCGCGCAUUACACUCUUCCUCUUGCUCUGUUCUUGGGCUCAUGUGGCGGCGGUGCAGGGGAUCCUGAUCAACAUGCAGUUCCCGGGGCCGCAGGUCGACGCCAUCACCAACGACAAUAUCGUCAUCAACGUCUUCAACAACCUGAUCUGAUAUUGUUCUCUGAUCCAGUGGCAUCUCUAUCCUCUUACAACUCAUAACAUUUUUUAACUUCUUUUGGCCGUGCUUUCGCUUCCACUACAGAUCAGAUCAGUGGUGAACGAAAGAAACAAGUGCACAACUAGUAUCAGUGGGCUUGUAUUUUUCUUGUGUAGCUGCUCUGCACUUGUUGUAGAGCAUAGCUUGCAUCAGUAUUUUUACCUAUUUUUGAUCUCUCAUUCUGAAAUACAUCUAGCAGGUGCGGCUAGUACUCUAUUAUUCUCCUACAUAUAGCUAUAUAUGCAUCUAAAAGGGCAAGUACUUGGAUGACCUUGACAACAUCAUACUGAUUGUAAUAACUUUGCAUAAGACUCUGUAUUCGAA